UUAGCAGGAAAAUCAAGUCUUACAACAGAAACACAUUUUUCAUGACACAUUUACAUAUGAAAACAUUCACUGCAUGUAUUUUUGUCUCUAUAAGCAUGACAGCAUUUCACAUGGGAAUAUACUUUCUGCUAUACUUACUUUAAUUAUUAUGCAACUCUAAACAUUUCUCAUCUACAUCACACAUUCUUGUCUGCGGCUAAUCAUUAAGCUAAAUAUGACUUCUUAUACUGGUAUACUGGUAAUGUUUUCUGUGAGGAGGACACUUUAAAUUUGAGAAUAGGCAUUACAUAACAGGUGAGUCACAGCUUACAGACACACCUUUUUGCACACCGCACACAAGCAAAUAACCAGGAAAACUGUUUCAGUUCAGAGAUACCGAAACUUGUCGAGCUAUUGUUUGUGCUUCUGUUUCUGUGUUCACACGCAAUAAAAUGGCAGAGGCCAGUGUUUUAUGGGCUCGGGAACAGUUUAUCUGUCCAGUGUGUCUGGAUCUCCUGAAGGAUCCAGUGACCAUUCCCUGUGGACACAAUUUCUGUAUAACAUGUAUUACGGACUGCUGGAAUCAUCAGGAUCAGAAGACAGUCCACAUCUGCCCACAGUGCAGACAGACCUUCGCUCCAAGACCUGCUUUAAAUAAAAACACCAUGCUGGCUGAAGUGGUGGAGAAACUGAAGAAGACUGGAGAUGUCACUGGACUUGGAGAUGUGAAGUGUGAUGUCUGUACUGGAAGAAAACACAAAGCCAUCAAGUCCUGUCUGGUGUGUCUGAACUCUUACUGUCAAAACCACCUUGAUCAGCAUGAGAAUUUGUUUAAAGGUAAGAGACAUUAUUUGAUGGAUGCCAAUGGACGACUCCAGGAGAUGAUCUGCUCUCAACAUGGUAGACUGCUAGAGGUUUUCUGUCGCACUGACCAGCACUGUAUCUGUACACUGUGUACAAUGGAUAAACACAAAUAUCAUGACACUGUACCAACAGAAGCAGAGAGAACAGAGAAAGAGGGAAACUUGAAAAAAACACAGAUAAAGUACCAGCAGAGAAUUCAGGAGCGGGAAAAGGAUAUUCAGGAGCUGAGAGAGGCUGUUGAGUGUCAUAAGCGCUCUGCACAGGCAGCAGUGAAGGACAGCGAGAGGAUCUUUACAGAGCUAAUCCGCUCCAUUAAGAGAAACCGCUCUGAGGUGACACGACUGAUCAGAGAUCAGGAAAAGGCUGCAGUGAGUCAAGCUAAAGGAGUCUUGCAGCGACUGGAGCAGGAGAUUGCUGAACUGAGGAGGAGACAAGCUGAGUUAGAGCAGCUUUCACACACAGAUGAUCACAUCCAUUUCCUGCAGGGGUUUCAGUAUCUCUCUGCACCUCUUGAACCUACAGAGAGAAUUAUUGUCACUUCACCCCUCUCUACUAAUGAUAUAAGACAAUCUAUCAGUCAGCUGAGAGAGAAAAUUGAGAAUUUCUGUAAAGAGGAGAUCCAAAACAUUUCUGUUAAACACAUCAACGUUGUUCUAAGGACCAGAAAGGACUUCCUACAACAUGCUCAUCAGGUCACACUUGAUCCAAACACAGUGAAUAAACACAUUCGUCUGUUGGAGAGGAACAGAGUGUCUACUUACACUGACACAGUCCAGCGGUAUCCUGAUCAUCCACACAGAUUUGAUGUUUAUUAUCAGGUGAUGUGUGGAGAGAGUGUGUCUGAACGUUGUUACUGGGAGGUGGAGUGGAAAGGUGAUGUGGGUAUAUCAGUGUCAUAUCAGCACAUCAGCCGGAAGGGAACAAAUACAAAGUGUUUGUUUGGAUAUAAUGAUCAUUCCUGGAGUUUGUUCUGCUCUCCCUCCAGAUACUCAUUUAGGCACAAUGAUAUGGAGACUGACAUCCCCACAGCCUCCAUCUGCUCUAGAAUAGGAGUGUAUGUGGAUCACAGUGCAGGAACUCUGUCCUUCUAUGGCGUCUCUGACACAAUGAACCUUAUCUGCAGAGUUCAGGGCACAUUCACUCAGCCUCUCUAUCCUGGGUUUAGGCUGUACAUUGGAUCAACGAUAAAACUCUGUGAUUUAACAAUAUAGAAUACAGAGUGAAAUGUGUCAAUAAUAGUAAAGUGUAAUAAUAUAUAAUAAGUGUAAAUAUGGGUGAAAUAUGAGUUUUUGUUUAUGUGAAGGUUUAUGUGUCCAUAAUAAUAAUAAUAAUAAUAAUAAUAUAAUUUAGGAUUUAAAUAACUAUUUUUUAUAAUUCUGAAUUGAAUAUUCAUAUUAAUUAUUCUGAAUAAAAAAUGACAAUUUGGAGAUUUGUUGUUCUUGUUUCACAAAGUAAUAAAGCACAAUGAUCUUUUUCAUUCUUAGAUCAGCUUUUAUUUUUAAUUAAUGUUACACGUUUGUUUGGAUAAUUGCUGUAAUACACCAAUAAUAAUACUAUAAUAUUAACAGGGCUUGACAUUAACUUUUUUGCUCACUCAGCAUUUUCACUGGCCACAAUUUUGCUGUUGAGAAAUUACAUUUUAUAUGAUUAAAGUCAACUUUGGUAUGCUUAAAUUACUUGAUUUUGAGUAAUUUUACUUGAUUUACAAGAUUUGAAACCCUUUCAAACUUUCAAAUGCAGAUUGACCACCCAAAUCAAGACUGAAUUGCAUAUCAGCUGGUAUGUAUGUACAGGUGGGCAAGGGGUUGGUAAUAUAAGCAUGUUAUUUUUAUUAGGCAAUAUAAAAAGAACAAAGAAGCAAAUUACAAAUGUAUUAUAUAUAUAUAUAUAUAUAUAUAUAUAUAUAUAUAUAUAUAUAUAUAUAUAUAUAUAUAUAUAUAUUAUUAUUAUUAUUUUAUUAUUAUUAUUAAAUUUAUUUUAUUUAACAUCUUUUGUUGUUUGAUUAACAUUAAUGACAAACAGGUAUUUAAUUGGGCUGCUGAAUGCAUGGACAUAAUAUACUGACACAUAUUCAGUUUUUACCCACCUGUUUACGUCCACUUAAGCCAUAACCGACUGUAUUCAUGCGAGAUAGGCCUACUCCACACGAUGGGCAUUCAACAUCUCAGCAACUUAUUCUGGAAUGUACAAUGUUGAUUGGUCAGCAUCUCUGACUGCCUGCAUAUUAUAGUAUUCAUAGAUAGUAGCAUGUCUUUGAGGGCAGCAGGGUUUUUGAGAGGCCUGCCAGUGUAAGCAGGUGGUGCAGAGAGAGCUAAUGCUGGCAGUGGAGGUGAUGGUAGGGUAAAGGUAUUCCCUAGAUAACUUUCAGUUCUCCUCAAUGAGGGUAAUAUCUAGUUCAGGACAAUCCCUUUCAAACAUUUUAUUUCGUCCCCUGUCAUGCUCUUCAGGGUCCUCCUCCUCGUUGCUUUUACUUAAUGGCCCAAAACUCGUUCUACUUAGGCCUUCUUUCCUGUCACCAUAAACUGGCCUGUCAAUCAUGACUGACAUACUCAUACUGACAAUAUAUAGAGAAAAAAAUUGUGCCAAAAUUCAGAAAUCUUUGGAAGAAAUCAAAUCAAAUAAAGACUGAGAGGAAGUACCUGAACAUCCAGAAAAUAUUAUUUCAAGAAAUGUUUGUCUAUUUAUCUCCUGUUCUAUGAGUGGAGGGAGGAGAGUGUUUUAUUUAGCUCUGUUUUUCUGAAUGCCUGAAUAUGUUUUUUCAUCUAUUUGCCUGUAUUGUUUUGACCAAUGCUGUGUAUAGCUGUGUUUUGCAGUGUUUAUUGUCAAGCUAUUUAAUUAUUUAAAUUUGAAUUUCUAAUAUGAAAAACAAAUAAUAAUUGUCUUUUACUGACAAAAUAUUUUAGUUUGGCAUGAAUAUUUCCUUGAUUAGAUCAGAUAACAUUUUAAGCUGUCAUAUGGUCAUGUUACAAUGUGCCCCACCUAUGGGGCAUGUUGUCACAUUUCACUUCCCUUCUUUCAGGGUGAAUAAAGAAAAAAGUAUACACUGUAUUAAUGAAACAAAGCCAAGUAUUUGUACCAGACAUUUCCAAUAAAAGGGCUUUUCACACAAUA